UAUUAUUAUUAUUUGAACUAGCUAUAUGAUCCUCCCAUCUUGUUUAUCGAAAUGACUAUUUUAGUUUUGUUCCUUUACACCUGCAUUAGUAGUAGUGUCUUAGUAAUUUAUGUGCUGAUUAACCAGCUUUUCACUCGCAACAUAAACCGCCUCCCCCCAGGUCCAACCCCAUGGCCCAUAGUUGGAAACUUACCACACAUUAACGGACCGAUACCACACCACUCGUUGGCGACCUUGGCCAAAAAGUAUGGUCCGUUGAUGCACCUGCGCCUCGGGUGUGUUAACGUGGUGGUGGCCGAGUCUGCAUCCGUCGCCGAGCAAUUUCUAAAAGCUCAUGACACGAAUUUUGCCAGUAGACCACCAAACUCUGGAACAAAGCAUAUAGCGUACAAUAAUCGAGAUUUAGUGUUUGCACCUUACGGUCCAAGGUGGCGAAUGCUUAGGAAGAUUUGCUCCCUUCAUCUGUUUUCCGCUAAAGCACUAGAUGACUUCCGUCAUGUUCGAGAGGAAGAGGUAGCGAUACUCACGCGAGUACUUUUAGUCCAUGCGUCACCGGUGAAACUAGGCCAACUACUGAACGUGUGCACUACAAACACUUUAGCACGGGUAACGUUAGGCCGGAGAGUAUUCGCUGACGGAAUCGAAGGAGUCGACCCAAAGGCGGAUGAGUUCAAAGACAUGGUAGAUGAGCUCAUGGUGUUGGCUGGUGAAUUCUACAUAGGUGAUUACAUUCCAGCACUUGAUAGGCUAGAUUUCCAAGGGAUCACAAAGAAGAUGAAGAUACUUCAUGCACGAUUCGAUAAGUUUCUUAGCAUGAUCCUAGAUGAACAUAAAAUCGAAAACGAUGCCAGUCGUGUUGACCUGCUGACCACGUUGAUUUCACUCAUGAAUGGUGAUGAUGAUGGCGAAGAAGGAAAACUUUCAGACAUUGAAAUCAAAGCUUUGCUCUUGAACUUAUUCACAGCGGGAACGGACCCACCAGCUAGUACCGUGGAAUGGGCAAUGGCCGAACUCAUUCGCCAACCAAAAAUACUGAAAGAGGCACGCGAAGAAUUGGAUAAAGUCGUUGGUCAGGACCGGCUUGUAACUGAAUUGGACUUGAACCGGCUAACAUUCCUCCAAGCCAUUGUGAAGGAGACGUUAAGGCUCCACCCUACAACGCCACUCUCCCUUCCAAGGCUUGCGUUAGAGAGCUGUGAGGUCAAUGGGUAUCACAUUCCUAAAGGAUCCACACUUCUUGUUAAUGUGUGGGCCAUAGCCCGUGACCCCAAAAUGUGGGCGAACCCACUUGAGUUUAGACCCAGUCGAUUUUUACCUGGGGGCGAAAAGCCUGAGGCAGAUGUUAAGGGAAAUGAUUUUGAGAUCAUACCAUUUGGGUCCGGGAGAAGAAUGUGUGCGGGUAUGAGACUAGGGAUGAGAAUGGUCCAAUUGCUAAUUGCAACAUUGAUCCAAACCUUUGAUUGGGAAUUGGCUAGUGGGUUAGAGCCGGAGAAACUCAACAUGGAAGAGUCCUUUGGGCUAACACUUCAAAGGGCCGAACCCUUAAUGGUGCACCCAAGGCCGAGGCUAGCUCCCCAAGUAUAUGAAAGUGGUUAAGAACAGAAGUACACUACAAUGAUAUUUUGUCUUUUGUUUUGCAAAGGUGUGAACUGGAAUAAUUAAUUUGUGUUUAAAUGAUUUUGUGAUUUUGUAAUUUGAAUUGUAAGUCUAUAUUGGUUUCUAUAUUAUGCUUCGGAACCUUUUAUCAAAAUCUUUAUUAACUA